AUGCCACCACCACCGCCGCCCGCACCACCACCCGCCCCUACUGGGUUGCCUAAAGUGCCUAAAACUAAAACUAAUGCAGGUGGAGCUACAGACAGAAAAGCCUUAUUAACUUCUAUACACAGUGGAGCCAAAUUAAAGAAAACUGUAACCAAUGAUAGAAGUGCACCUUCUGUUGGAAACAACAAUAAAAGGAGUGAUCCACCUGGUGGAGGUAUCGGAGGAGGUUCGACAGGGGGAGGAUCUACUCCAAGUGGUAACAGUGCUGGUCCUGUAGGUCUAGGGGGAUUAUUUGCUGGAGGUAUACCAAAGUUACCAAACAAAGGAAACACUGGACCACCCAAACGAGUGGGCGGACCAUCAGUACCAUUUAAACCACCAGGAGGUCAUAGUAAUGGUAAACUAGUUAAUGGUACAACAGCAGCUCCGCCGCCACCUCCUCCAUCACAAUCCAGCAAACCAUCAAGACCAGUGUCGAACAUCAACAAGAAACGAGAGAACUUUGAAAAUGAAAGAAAUUUAGAGCAUAAGAAUUCGACUGUCAGUAGCAAUACAGCACAAUGGAACAAAGCAAAAGUUCAGCCCCCUCCUCCUCCAAGUAGACCAGCACCCUCACAUAGUUCGAGUAGACCCACAAGCAUGGUUGGUAGGCCGUUACCGCCAACUCCUCAUAAUUUAGCUGAAAGUAGUGCACCUCCUGGUCCACCACGAAGUGCACCACCACCACCCCCAAGACAAACACCAUCCAUACCCCCUGGAAGACCUAGUGCCCCUCCACCCCCCGUUAGAACAACAUCUGCUCAAGGAGGAGGAACUGUAGGCAGAUCUGGUGGUGUAAGGCCACAACUUGCAAGGCGACAAGACCCUCCCCCACCCCCUCCUCCUCAUAGUGGACAUUCACAUAGUUUUAGUUCUCAACAUGCUCCAGUUUUAAACAAACAUUCUACCAGUAUAACUUCGAAUAAUUCAAACAAUUUUGAUGACAGAUUCAAGUUUCAUAGUGUCCACGAGUUUCCCCAUCCAGAGAGACUGAAUAUUGGUGUCAAAACCUAUCCUAGCCACAGUCCGAGACGUGCUUCCACACAACAGAGACGAGCACCACCCCCACCCCCACCACCUCGAUAG